GCCACUGAACUCAAAUGCGGAGGACUAGUGGUGGCUUGCACGUUUGACCAUCGGGUGGCCGACGCUUACUCCACCAAGAUGUUUCUUGUCUCGUGGGCAGAGAUGGCUCAGCACAAACAACUGUCUUUGCUGCCAUCAAUCGGAGGAUCAUUACUCGGCCCUCAACAGCCCGGAAGGUAUAAUCCUUUCUUGGAUGACAUGUAUGUGCCUGUCUCUGCCGUACCACCACUACCCAAAAAUCCGAAGCCCAAUGUCGAUGAGUUGAUAAGUCGCAUCUAUUAUAUUGAGGCUGAUCAACUCAGUCGUCUCCAGUCAUUAGCCAAUCAUGGUACUAGCGGACGAGGGAGGACCAAGCUUGAGGCAUUUAGUGCCUUCUUGUGGAAACUAGUUGCUGCUAGGGAAGCUGAAAGGGACAAGAUUUGCAGGAUGGGUAUUGUAGUAGAUGGACGAAUGAGAUUGAGAGAAGCAGAUGCAGAUAUCAAAAAGGCAACCCUGAUGGAUGCUUACUUUGGGAACGUUUUGUCCAUUCCGUUUUGCAAGGAAAGAGCGGGCGACCUCAAGGAGAAGCCGUUGAGUUUGGUGGCGGAGGCAGUUCAUGACUGCUUGGCAAAUGCAGCGAUGAAGGAGCAUUUCUUGGACCUAAUAGAUUGGGUAGAGGCUCACCGUCCUGAACCAGCUCUGGCAAAGAUAUAUGCCGAUAGUAGUGGAAAAGAGGACGAUGGACCGGCUUUUGUGGUGUCAUCUGGCCGACAAUUUCCAGUCUCAAAGGUGGAUUUCGGUUGGGGAAGGCCAACGUUUGGGUCUUACCACUUCCCAUGGGGUGGGGAGGCUGGCUAUGUCAUGCCCAUGCCAAGUCCUCUGCAAAAUGGUGACUGGAUUGUCUACAUGCACUUGCUGAAAGAGCAAUUGAAGUUCAUAGAGACCAAAGCUGCUCAUGUGUUUAAGCCCUUAACCUUUGAUUAUCUGAAUCUUAACUAGCAAAAGAAUGAGAAAAAAAUUGUGUACAAGUGGGUGGUUUUUAUGAAUUAACAACAUAAGCACUCUUUGUUCAAAAAAACCAAAGCACUCUGCUCCUUCCUCCCCAAUGAAUUUGAUCCUUUGCCAUGCAAGUUUCUACCGAGAUCUUGUUUUGCUAUUCAGUGAAAAAA